CUGGGUUUAACGUGUCUAAAAUGAACACGUUGCAUAAUUUAUUAUUAAAACCAUAUAUAAUUCGUCAUAUUAUGCAUAUGAUUGUUUAAGGGUCUGUUCUAAUGUGGCCAUGAAAAAGAAAGCAUGGGGGAAACUGUUGUGUACCGAGUGACAAUUUCAAAGUGAGUGAAUACUGACGGAAAAGUUUCUGCAGCCAGACUUCCGUGUUAUCCUCGGCGCCGACAUGUUUUGUUGUUUUCCAUCUUAAUAAAUGGUGAUUUUCAACUGCGGCUCUAGGUAAGCCCCACAGAUUUCUGCCGGUCCCUUCAAUGAACUGCUGUUUUGUUGCUGUGCACUUCUUGGUGGCUAUACCUCGGAGAAAUGGAAGAAGAGAAAGCUGACCUUAAGCGAUUAUUGGAAAAUCUGACAUCAGAUGAUUUGAAGCGUUUUGUAUUUAACCUGGAGUCAGCAGCGAAGAAAUAUAAAUGUAAUAAAAUCCCAUUAGGCCUACUGGAGAAUGCUCAAAAUGAAGCUUGGGAGAUUGCCAGACUCAUGAUUGGUCAUUAUGGGGGACAAGCUAAAGAUAUGACUGUGGAUAUCUUCAACCAAAUUGGUAGGAAGGAUCUCAUACCCUUUGAAGGGCCAUGUGCAAAGUCUGUAGGAAGAGCGACAGUUGAUUACAAGGAUCUGUACAGAAAAGAAGUAAUGCAAAAUUAUACAUUGAUAAGAGAGUAUAACUGCCUUCCAGCAGAAAGAGUAGAGUUUAGUUCUUGAUACACCAAGCUAACCAUCAUUAAAAAAAGACAACAUUUGAAAGAAAAAAGAAACGAGUUCCUUGCAAAGGGCGACAAUCAUUUGCAGCUAAUGAGAAAGCACAGGGAUUCCAACAUUACUGUUGAAUGCUUCUUUUCACCUGUUGAAUUCGCUAAAUGUGACAAAGAGACGAGGACGGUGGUCAUUCAGGGCCCAGCAGGAAUUGGAAAGACAUUCAUGGUGCAUAAAAUUAUGCUGGACUGGGCCUCAGGUGAACUGUUCCAAGACAGAUUUGAUUUUGUGUUCCAUCUACAGUGCAGAGAACUAAGAAUAAGUGAUCAGGACAGUAUAGAGGACUUGAUUCUCAAGUGUUCCACUCAUUUACAAGGUGGUAUAAAGGAAAUAAUGUCCAAGCCAGAACGUCUCCUUUUUAUUUUUGAUGGUUUUGAUGAGCUCAGUCUUCCUUCCAGUGAAGCCAGUGGAAGAGAGAUGAGUGCAGUGAUAAGAUUACUAAGGAGGAAUGAGAUGCCUCAGGUGUCACUGCUUAUCACAACACGGCCCACUGCUUUGGAAUUGCUCGACAGUGUGGUACAAAUUGAUCGUUAUGCAGAAAUUGUUGAAUUUUUAGAAGAUGAAAUAAAAGAAUAUUUUUUAAAAAGCUUUCACGAAAAGGAAAAAGCUUAUGGUGCUUUUAACAUCAUCAAAGGGAAUGAUGUGGUCCUGUCCAUGUGUUUUGUACCUAUAGUCUGCUGGAUUGUCUGUUCAAUGAUGAGAGAAAAUGAUGAAGAUGGUGAAGAUCUUCUGAAAAAUGUGACAACUGCUUCUCAGGUCUUACUUCAUUUUUUAAAUAAACUGAUGGAGCAUCAUUGUAGCAAUUUUAAAAAGUCAGAUUUUCUUCCAAAAGCCAGUAGACUGGCAUUCCAUGGAAUCCAAGAAGAAAAGAGUUUGUUCACAGAGCAAGAACUCACAAAGUUUGCAAUCACUAUUUCUGGCACCGAAUCAACAAUUUUUAGCAAAACCUUUUAUAAGAGACACUUGAAGGCUGAAGCUGUGUACCAUUUUGUGCAUUUAAGUAUUCAGGAGCUGUUUGCUGCCUUUUAUUGUGCUUCCCAAGCAUCGAGUGAAGUGAUUAGAAAGCUUCUAAUAGACUCUUUGAAACCUGACCAUGGAAAUCUCAUCCAUGUAAUUCGUUUCCUAUUUGGUCUCACUAAUGUGACAUCACAGGAAAUUAUCAAAGACUUAAAAAUGACUGUAAGGAGUGAUCUAAGAUUAGCACUUGAAAAAUGGUUUCCAGAAGCAGCAAAGUGGCACAGAGAAAAAUACAAAACAUACGCAUGGAACUGCAAAGAAAGAAAUCCACAGUUCCUCCUGCAGCUUUUGUACUGCCUGUAUGAGAUGCAGGAUGCCAAGUAUGCUGCAACUGUAAUGUCAGAGCUUCCUCAUUUAGAUCUUAAUUUAUGUCCUUUAAACAAAAUUGAUUGCAAGGUGGUUAAAUACUGUGUUGAAUGUAGUGAAUCCAUGCAAAAGCUUGAUGUGCGUUACUGCAAUUUAGGAGAUGAGGAAGUGAGAAUUCUUUGGGAAAUUCUUCCUAAAUGCCUUUCAAUCAGGAUAGGUUCUGAUAAUCUUAGUGAAGAAGGACUGGAAUUUCUCUGUGAAAACCUUGUUAGACACCAGCUUUUUCAGCACAUAGAACUAAAUAUAAGUAAAAAUGGAAGUCAAUCCAGUUUUGUACUUGAGGCUCCUUCAAUCCCCAUUAACUGCAGGUUAUCCUUCUCUGGUGUCCCAGACUUGGCUGUGAAGCACAGAAGCCAGACGCUUAUUCCAAAAUACAAACCCAGAAAUUUCCACUUGUUAGAAGGGAAUAGUGAGGAGACAAUAAUGUUUAUCAUUGACUUAUUAAGAAGUGAAGAUUACUGUGUAGACAGAGUGAGAUUUGGUAUACGUUCACUAGAGGGAAUAGAAAACAUAAACAGGAUUCUGUCCAUGGAGACCAAAAUGAGAAGUGUGAACUGGGAAUUAAUGAAUGGAGAUGAAGAUGGUUACAGCACAUUGAUGUAUGAUGCUGAUGAAAAGGUGUUAAGGCUCUCAGUCUUUGGAAACUGUAAAAAUUAUACCAUCCAAACCAGCAGACAACUAAUCCCGAGUUGUAAACCCACAUACAUCUACUUUCAGUAUCUAGAUGAAGUGAUACUAAGAAAUGUCAUUAGGAUAUUGAACACUGAUGAUUAUUAUCACAAAUUCCUGACGAUAUGGAGCAAUGUAUACACUACAACUUCGGUGGAAAACAUCCGUGAAAUUCUAUCCAAUGACAAGAAGAUGCUACAGCUGUCAUGGAAGGUAUAUCUACGUGGGAGCCCUGAAAUUACUAUGAUGCAUAAAGCUGGUUCUCCCGAGAUAAUGACUCAGAUUGUGUGAUCAGCAGUUUACUAUAAACAGUGAGAAGUAUAACUGGCACAGUGAAGAGGAUUCAGCCAUCUUAUGUCUGAGGAGUAGAUGCACCCCUGGCAAUACACUCAUCUCCUACAAGCCUGGAAGAAUUAAACUGAUGUCCAGUUAAACGGUGAUGAGAAUGCAAAACCACCAACUGCUAAAAGAAAGAUAUAAUGUGACGCUAACUGUAGCCUUCCACCAUCCCACUGCUAAACUAUAAAGGGACAUUUGCAGUGUUAUUAAAUAUUGUGUAGCCAGCUAUGCAAGAUUAUGUGCAAAAUGUUGUCUGCCAAAAAACGGAAGUGUAAUGAUUCAUAUGUUGGUUUUGGCUUCGCCUGUGUGACAGAACGAGA